CAUUACAAAGGUCACAGAAUCGGUGCAAAGGCAGUACUUCCGGUCCAAGCUAGCAUUUGACUUUCGGAACGUCCCGAUAGAAAAACGCCUGCCAAAUUACUGAUUACAUAAACGUAUCGCUGGUGUCAGGGCAGUAUGGUGCUUCGGACCUUUCUUAGGAUCCCAACCGUCUGCAGGCGAGCUUUCUCCCUCCACGACAAGACGAAAAACGUUUUUCUGGUGAGAUGUUCAGAUCGCGCGCCCCUCCCACACCGAGCCGGCAUGUCCUCACACACGUACGACGUCCAGCCGUUUGCUGUCUAUCAGCUGAAAGUCAGACUACCACUCAGUGUUCACGUUUCUCCCUUAGACCCACUAGAACACCCAAACGCAGACAGAUUUGUAGUUGACGUGGAUCCUGAUGAGGGGGUGGAGGUAGUUGUGAAGAAUGAUGAGAAAACAGUGGAAGUCGUGAGGUCGGCAGAGGUUGGAGGAAAAUCAACAUGUCAUAUCAUGUCACCUAUUAAUUAUGAUGUAGAUGUUCAGGUGUCUGGAGCAGCAGAGGCCAGAGUACAGAACAUGGAAUGUCCCACAUGUGUUGUGAAGACAGAGGAAGGAGACUGUCAUCUUAAGAGUAUUAAGGGCAUGAGCUCACAGAUAGACACAGGAGGUGGGAGUGUGUAUGGAGAGGGCACCAUACUGGGGAAUGUGGAUGUUUCAACUCACUUGGAAGGGAGUGUGAAACUCGGCAAGCUCCAAGGGCAGACAAUGAGUGUUGCAACACAAGAUGGUACAAUAGAUAUAAAAGACAUCUAUGCAGAACUGUCAACAAUAACUUCAGAUUCAGGGAACAUCAACGUUGGAAGUAUUCAUGGUACGGGUGCUGUGGAGACUACAGAAGGAAAUAUGAGAUAUAUGCAUUAGUGUUCCCCAUGAGCUGGCCACUAGACUGGAACUCACAGGCAAACAGUUAGAGGUGGACUCAGAGCUGAGACUAGAGAACAUCCAGGACUCGUGGGAUGAAGAACUCGAGUGUAAGACUCUCAAAGGUUUGUUGAACUCUGGGAACUCGGCUGAACUCCGAGCUGUUGCCAAGGCAGGAAAAGUCAGUAUAAAGGCACAGAGCUGGCUGGACUCACUCAAACUCAGGAAUAAACUGGCUAUAAGCUAGUAUCUACUGUCCUCUAUAGUGAACUCUAAGGUUUGAUUGUGGUGUUUUAUUGUCCUUGAGUAUAUUAGAAGAAGUGAUGAAAAUUGAAAACAAAGAAUGAUGUGGAAAGCAACUUUGUCAUGUUGUAUACUGAAUAGUAUGAUAUGAAAAUAUAUUCAAUUCAAACAAACACAAAAGUUUGCACUCAAAAUUACCACAAUUUUUUUGAUCCACCAGUAGUAAUAAUAAAUACUAGACACUAAACCGCUUUACUAUUCUAUGAGCAGGUAUCAGUGUGAAUGAAAAGGUAGAUGCUGUAUAUCAUAUAGAGAUGUAAGAUCCAUGAUCAACUUCUGAAUGAAAAGGUAUGCUGUAACG